UCCCCUCAUCAGAGUUAGCCGUUGGUCGCUUCCGUCGGUGUGGUAGUGGUGGUUUAAGGCAGUGAGAGGCGGUAGGGAGUUUUAAAGCGCGUUUUAAGUUCCUCUUGACUUGAUUUGUGGUUUUACGGACAUUUUGGGUGUACAUUUGAAGUGGAAGUGUUAGCGGUGGUGUCCUGGUGUUGUCGUGGUGUCUGCAACAUGAAUGAGCCGGAGAUGAUGGAGCUACAAGACGUGAGAGAUGAGAACCUGCCGUCUUUUCUGGUGUACCGGCCUUCCAGGAUCAGCAAUGGCUUACGCCUGAUGCCACUCAGAGUACUAGGCGCCGGGGUGCUGGGAAUCCUGUGCGCUGGUAUAGUCUUCGUUAUCGCCAACCUGAUCAUCUUCGCGGCGCAUCCUUCCCCUGAGACGCAGACCCCUGACGCUGAGAUCUUCAUUGACCUUGAUCUUGAUGGCGAGGAGCAGAUCUACCUGGACUUGGACCUUGAGAACCCUAUAGAACUUGAAGAGCUGUAUGACCAAGAUGACCUCACAACACCACCGUUCAUCCCGACACCACAGUUUAUGAACCAAGAGAUGCCAAACACUCCCUCCACUCCUCAGGACCCGACGCCUCCUGUGCUGGUGUUUUACAGACCCGCCAAGACUCCCUCCCGCCUCCCCAAACCUGCUAAUGGCACCCACCUCUCUUCCUCCCUUCCUGACCCACACCCCUCCCAGGCACCUCCCCGUGACAUCCCUCCCGUCACGACAGAUUGCACUGACCGCUCACCAUGCCCGCCUGCCCUCCCGCCCUACCACACCCCGUUUGUCACGCUUUUCACUAAGAUCAAAAGUCGUUUCGUUGCAAUCACCCCCUCCAUUACCAACAGAUUCCCAACCUCAACGACCCCCACAACCACCACCGCAACCAACUACACCACUGUCCCUUCCAUAACCACCACUUCCACACCUACCACCGCCACUACCACGGUAACCUCUUCUAUAGCGGUGACAAGUGCUCCGUUCGUCCACAUAAUAGUCGCCUCGCCACUUAAUAUAGAACCUACACUGGAUCUCCCGACCGAAGCGCAAACACCAGAGAAGGAGCCGGUCAGCUGCGGGUACAGUAGAGGCAAGGUGAUAAUGUACGUCUUGCUUGCCAUUCUCAUCUUUCUUCUGCUGGUGGUUGUCUACGAAAUGGUGAAGCUGUACCGGAAGCAGCCGUGGAGCCUGUGGAUGGCGGACAACGUGAGGACAGUGGAGGGGUCUGCGGUACGGCGGCAUGUGGUGAGUCGGCACGGCGACACAGUGGCCCUGCGCACCUUGAGGAAAGGCAGCACGACCUUUUUCCAGGUGACGGACGCCAACCCGACCUUCCGCAACCCGCACCGCCAACCCUGCUGCCCCACAAACUGCGGCAUCAUGCACUCCCAUCACCACCACCUGCCCCGCGUUAGCCCGCACUGCCGCAACCACCGCUGGCUCGCCCACCCCGCCAGAAACUGAGGCCUGACAGCGGGAGUCCCCCCUAGCGUGCCUGAGUAGUGCUGACGCUGCGCCGCCCCGCCACGCCUUGCCCGUCUGUCUUGUCUGACCACGCCGCGGCCUCACGCCAGUAGUACACAGACUGGGUGAGAUGCCGAGGCGUGUAUCUUGUUACUAGAACUCUACACGUUAAGUUUUUAAAGAUUUUAUUUGUAACUGUUGGACGAGUUGUGGAAUUAAUGUUUUUAGUCUUCAACA